AUGGUCAUUCCCCCCCCUCUUUUUAACUCCAGCCAACAAAAUGUUCAGGAAUUUAUCCUCUCCACCAUCUCUGUGGUGUAUGAAGUCCAAAUACUUCUCUGUAUCUCAUUUACUAUCAUCUACGCUGUUACAUUUUUUGGCAAUGCCAUCAUUAUUUUAAUUAUACAAUUGGAUACCCGUCUUCAGACUCCAAUGUAUUUUUUCUUGACUAACUUGUCUUUUCUUGAUAUAUGUUAUUCCUCUGUAACUGUUCCGAAAUUGUUGGAUAUCCUUUUUGCGGGAAACAGGAAAAUUUCAUUUUAUGGCUGCAUCUUGCAGAUGUAUUUCUUCCAUGUUCUGGGAAGCUCAGAAAUGUUUCUUCUCGCUGCCAUGGCUUAUGACCGUUACGUAGCAAUAUGCAACCCCUUACGAUAUACUGUUAUAAUGACAAGAGCUGUAAGUGUACCAUUGGGUGUCAGCGCAUGGUUAGGAGGUUUUACGCACUCUACUUUACAUACCGCAUGUCUUCUAAGACUUAUCUUCUGUGGACCAAAUAUCAUGGAUAACUUCUUCUGUGAUGCUACGCCUCUCAUAAAAUUAUCAUGUUCUGACACAACCAUUGAUGAAAUUAUGCUCAUUACAACGCCUGGUAUUCUGGGGCCUUCCUGCUUCAUUUUAAUUCUUGUUUCUUAUAGCUACAUUGUCAGCAGCAUUCUGAAAAUAAACUCAAUGGAAGGAAGAUACAAAACAUUUUCUACAUGUGCCUCUCAUUUAAUUGUGGUUUCAAUUUUCUAUGGUACUGGUAUAAUUGUGUACAUACAGCCAAUGUCAGUCUAUUCAUCUGCAAAUCGCUUUGUCACAGUGUUCUAUGCCAUUAUAACACCCAUGUUAAAUCCAAUUAUAUAUGCCUUAAGAAAUAAGGAGGUUAAGGGAGCAUUGGGAAAAUUAUUGUGUCAGCAGAGACGUGUACAAAGAAGUAUACAAAGGCAGAACACCUGA